AUGGCGCUCAGUCCAGUCACUCUGCUCUCCCUCGGCUUUCUUCUGUCUCUGGCACAAGGAGCUCCCUCAAACAAAGGUCCAGUGUCUUUACCCUUCAGGGUGUCUGUGGAGAAUGACCUGUCCAACUUGACUCCCGUGUCCUAUGCCAGCUCGGUGGUGGAGGGGGGGGUUCUGAUUGGAGCUCUGAGGAGACUGCAGGAAACACAAAAUGACUUCAAGUUCACAGUGCAGGAGCACCCAGACUUUGGGCCAUUUCUGGAAAGUGUGAACGGCGUGGCUGGAGAUGAGGCUCAGAAUACAUACUGGGAGAUCCUCUCUGAAAACUCCGGAGAGUACAGCAGACUGGAUGUGGGAAUCGGCUGCUACACACCGGCAACGAAUGAGCACAUCGUCUUGAGGUUCAGCACCUGGACCCCCAACAGUGAUGAGUGA